CCGAAAGAAAAUCUUUGGAGCCACUCCAAAAGAAAAGAAAAUAUGGCGACCACAACAUCAACCCAAGCCAUAGUCUUAGCAGUUGCCCUUCUCUUUGUCGCCGUCCAUGCAGACUAUUACCGUCCGCGGCUACCUACAGUCCCGAGCCCUUCUCCCUACGUCGCAAAGCCGAAGCCACUCCCAAGUCCCAGCCCCAAACCUAUCGUCUAUCGUCCUGAUCCCACUUACCAGCCACCCACGGGGUCGUUUGAACAUCAGUUCCUUGAACCGCAUAAUACUGUUCGGACCAGCUUAGGUCUGUCUCCAUUGGUGUGGGAUGGCAAGAUCGCGAGCUACGCAAUAUGGUGGGCAAACCAGAGGCGCUAUGACUGCUCCCUAACGCACUCGACCGGUCCAUACGGUGAGAACUUGUUUUGGGGAAGUGGCUCAGACUGGACACCGACUUUCGCAGUGGAGUCAUGGACCGUGGAGGCUAAGUCCUACAACCACAUGAGCAACUCGUGUGAAGGCGGUAUGUGCGGUCACUACACUCAGAUCGUGUGGCGUGACACCAAGCGGCUAGGUUGCGCUCGAGUAGUCUGCGAGAACGGCGCAGGAGUUUUCAUCACUUGCAACUACGACCCACCGGGUAACUACGUUGGAGAGAAUCCUUACUAACUUUGUCUAACAGUUUGGUUUUUUAUAUUAAAGUCGAUGCAUGGUUGUAUAAUCUAUGUUUUAGGUAUCCGUGUAUCUUUAAAAUGUAUUAUCUUUUGGGUCUUAUGCUGGUUGUGUUAUGAGCAUUUUGUUGUUUGAUCUACUUUUCAUUUUGUUAUGGCCAUGUCCACAAAUGAAGUUUUUCAAUGGUAUGCAAAGACAUUCCAUAGUUCCAUUAAAUUUCCAUGAUCAUAUACUAAAUACAAUUUGUU